CAUAUGCUUAGAAGAAAGAAAAUUAUUCCUUGAAUGAGCCGUGGAAAUUUGUGGGUGAAAUAAUGAUUUUUCGUUAAAAUUUAUAGCCAAUAAUUCGUUUUAUAUACUGAAAUUAUCUUCAAGAUGGUGACUAUAAUUAAAAACCAGUUAUUAAAACAUCUCUCGAGAUACACCAAGAAUCUGUCACCAGAACAGAUCUCCCUCUCUGCUCUCAGAGGGUCUGGUGAGCUCCAAGACCUGACUCUGGAUGAGGAUUUGCUGACUGACCUGCUGGAAUUGCCUGGCUGGGUGCGGCUGACCUCUGCCAAGUGUAAUAGAGCUUCAUUCAGGAUACAAUGGACCAAACUGAAAACAGUUCCUAUUGUUUUGAAUCUGGACGAAGUGAGCAUAGCGUUGGAAGUAUGCGAGGAGCCGCGUACAAUGAACGCGAGCGCGGCGGCAGCCAUGCCCAUACCGGGCAAGUACAGCUACAUACAUAAGGUAAUUGACGGGAUUUCGGUAGCUGUGAACCAAGUGCAAAUAGACUUCAAAUGUGAUGCUUUCACCAGUAGCGUUCAGAUCUCAAGGGUGACCGUGGAGUCACGCACGCCGGAGGGUCGGAAGGGUGACUUAAGACUGACUAGAAUCAAAUCCCCCGACACUGGGCAGCUACUUAUAUUUAAGGAACUGGAAUGGCAAAGUGCUCGCAUAGAAGCAAAGGCGCUCGGUGCAGCAGCCGCGAACCUUCCACCGUUGAGGCUUCUACUAGGCAAUACGCACUGCCGGAUUGUUAUCAAGAAACGGCUUUCAGAUUGUGCAGUCCUCGGUUCGAGGUUAGUGCUCCGCCCGGAGCCGUUAGCUUGGGCUUUGACGGAUGGACAACUGCGGGCGGCUUUGGCGUGUGCGGCGGCUCUGGCCGGCCCCGUGCAAAAGGCCACACAAAUGGCUACCCGGACUAAGGCAGCGCACAAGAUUGAAGAACCGCGUGAACAAAUCCAAAGUAGGUCGAACUCGGGAGACAAAGAUAUCCUAGCACGGAUGUUCGCGAAACACGACGUCCGGGAAACUUCCUACCAUCUGCUCGCUCCAAGGAUAGAUUUGCACCUGUGUGACGAUCCGGGCCUGGGAAGGUCGGAAAUGCCGCAGCUAGCGAACGGUGGUGCUUUGCAAGUAACUCUAGUCAGUAUGCAAGCUGAUCUCUUUCCAUAUCACAAGGCUUCCAAUGAUCGACGACAUUGGAGGGGGUACAGGGAAGCUGCCACACCACAUAGUCAGUGGUUGUCGCAAGCUCUGUCUACCUUCUGUACUACUCUCCUGGAGACUUUGGAUCCCAGACCAUUGACGCCAAGUGCUAAGACUAGUCACAUCGAGAAGGUAGACGAGCCUGUAUCCAAUGGGGUGAAUCAUUGCGCCGCUGCGCAGGCGCAGGCAACUAACGAUCCGUCCAAUACUAAUACUACUACUCUUACAUCACAAGCAUCGCCAACUAGAACUAGAAUACUGCAACAAUUGGGUAAACUUAUGACAACCUGCCUUAUACUUAGGAUAGAUGACUUCACUGUAUAUAAGGUAUCAACGGGAUCGAAAUCCAGGGAGGCACCAAGGCCAUUAGUGAGUGCUGAAAAAGCCACGUUACCCGGAGAUGCUGGUCUUUUACAUGCGGAGCUAACUUUCUUUUACUAUCCUGGGGACGUUUGCUUUCCAGUGCCAUCGCCCAAAUUCUACGUGCAACUAAGUCCAGUGCGAGUAUCUGUGGACGUGCCCAGUAUUUUAUGGCUGGCCGCCUUCCUGCCACACGUUGGCGCUGCGGCCGUUGAUAAUGCGCCACAAGACAACACCUCCACAUAUAUGGACAUACGGGCUGAGGCUAUCAUGCCUAAGAUUGUUCUAGAAGCGGGCCCGGAACACGUAUCGCAGCAGCGGGACCGACCAAAGGAACUUCACGUAUGCACUGCGAGAGCCACGUUCACUAAUGUGCGGGAAUCGCCAAGGGCUAACACAGCCGGCAACAGAGCUGAUCUAGCGUCCAUAAUAGCUUCGAUCAGAAGGUCGGCUCCACCCAGAGGUCAGUUCCCGUGCUCCAGCGAAGAUAUGGACCCUAUUCACGAACAGUUCCUAUUGCAUGCUGAUAAUUUGGAUGACAUCGACCGUGGUACGGCAAUAACUCCCGAAAUGUUGUGGCGAGAGAGCAGAUCGGUUUGGUGUGCGAGAGUGGAGCCCUUGUGGGCUGACUUUUGUGGGGCGCGGGCUACUAACUAUAAACCAUCACCUUUAUUGGAUGCUACCCCAUUAACUGCUUGGUUAUGUUUCGAGGAAGGAUUCUCCCGCAUUUGGGUGAUAGGCCGCACUUGCGGCCUCAGUGGUAUACAGCUGAAUCAUUACCAACUGCUCUUCCUACUGCGUCAAAUGGAACGCAUCAGCGAAUUAACCGCAUGGCUUGCGCACCAGGCCAACAGACUACCUGAAGAUGACCAGGGAGCAAUAGUAGUCGGUCUAGUUGUUCCGGCGGUGGAAAUAACCCUGGUUUUACCUUCUAACUGUCCCGGCCAAGAGUCUUCCAGAGAUCUAGACAGCGUACCAUUAGAUUCGUCCAGCCUUAAUGAUUUCAGAUUAGGUUCAGAAGCCACAAUGGCACCGUCCAUGCUAGACAGAGAUAGCGGUGUUCUAGCAACUCAAGCAUCUAUAGAAGUGUGCACAGCUCAGCCUCUGGGUGCUGAGGAAAUACCUCCACCAAGCCCUGGCCUGAAUUUUGGAGGUUUUUCAACGAUGCGUCGCGGAUUCACAUCCCUAGUGACGUCGAUAGACAGUGCGUUGACUAGAGACGACGGUCGCAGUGACGCCGCAUCUACUGCCAGCUCUGACAGCGAUCGUUAUGUCGUGGUGGGACUUGCGGCCGAAUCGCCCGACGAUGCUGACUUUGCUUUUAGAGAAUUCGAGCACGGGCGUCUAUCGAGCGGUGUAGAAGUAGCAGCCGAAGUGGUGGAGCGAUCGUCAUCCCCCAGUGACCAUUCCAUCACCAGCUCUUGCAAGCGCCGGGAUGUGAUUUCAACUUGCACUUGGCGACUACAAAACAUCCACUUGCUGCAGCAAAGCGCGAACAAUAAAUCCUGCCUGAGGAUAGUAGCGGAUGACCUGAAGACUGACGAGUGCUCCUCCAUACCCUGGGAUGAGUUCCAGAUCCAACUCAAGAAUAAGUUCUCGAUGAGAGCACGUGCGUGGUCCGAGCCAAAGGAUGAGGAAGACGAUAUAUUGAAGCCGCGUGAGCCGCCGAGGGUCGCAGCUAGGCUUCUACGGACCGAGUUGCCAAGAUUAUUAAAUGAAAAGGGUGAACCUUUUGGCCUGGCGCCAUACGUAGAACUCCUCGAAGCUCGUAUCAGAGAAUUGAGCAUCGCUCUAAACAUGAGUACGACGCUGGCGCUAUCAGAGUUCAUCGAAGAUGAGGUGAUCUUCCCGCCGAUGCCGCUUGAGGUCCUAAUCGAAAAUGUCAAGCUGCACUUAGUUGAAGACCGUCCAACUAGAUCGAUAUCAUCACCACCUCCCCAACCAUUGGAUCUGGACCUCACAACACUUCGACUGACCAGGGACACAACCGGAGUUAUCCACUUAGGGCCACCUCCAGUCAGUUCCAGGACAGUUUCCCCGAGCAGUCCAGUCCCUCAGAUGCAGGAGGCGAUGGAGGAAAUACAGAGGCUUAAUGAGGAGAACGAGGAAUUGAAGAAGCGACUGGCAACUCUUAACCGAAUAGCCGAAGAUAAUCGGGAGUUGAGAGCGAAAGUGGAAGAGGCGGCAGUGCUAAGGCAGUGCGCCCACGCGGCGCAACAUGAAGCAGCUAAUCUGUUGGCGGACAAACACGACCUCAUAGAAACAGUGCGGCUACUGCAGGAACAAAUAUCGAACAAUUGCCGAAGCAAGAGAUAGCGUUCACGUGGCGGGGCACAGCGUUGCCUCGAUUGUACCGCGUGCUGCGGCGAACAGAAAUCCUAGUGGGCGUACAUCCUUUACGAGACGGCCAUUUUUGAUUGACCUCUAAUGACGUGCAAGACCUUUGAAUGCGAGAGGUCAACUUAUAUUGGAAAAGCUCAACUGCAUAGGUGUUGCGGAGACCAUAAUCCAUUGGAUUUGAGAACCUUAAGUUAUAUACAAAUGCUUCUGAAAGAGGUCUACGUAUAUUGAAGCUGACCACUUUUCAUUGACCUAAUGUUGCUUACAAAUAAUUCCGCGUGCAAGGUGUACUUAUAUUGGUGUUUUAGUGUUUAAUUCAUAUAUGACGACCAACGUUGAUUGACGUCUAGUUACCUAGAUAGGCUUCCAUUUUAGAGGUAAAUUUAUAUUGGUGUUUAAUAUCGGAUAAAAUAAUGUGGCAUGACCCCUAGUUACCUAAAAUAUCUUAUUACGGGUUUACUUAUAAUCGAUGUUGAAGUAACCACAGUGACCUCUGACUACGUACCAAUACUUCCGAAAGAGAGGUUCGCUUUUAUUGGACAUGCGUGUGGGUGUUAUAAUCUCACGGUUAUCAAUUAAACAUAAGAUCGAAAUGACUGCUGUGUAAAAGUACUUUGUGAUACAAGUAUACAGUCGAGGCGGUAUUAAGCGCGUGAGUUGCAAGCGAACGCGAUAAAGAAGCCGAGAGUGCAAGAAUCAAUUCGUACGCGGUCACAAGACGUUUUUCGUCACGCGAGAAAAAAACUGGCUAAUCUUUCAAAUACUCUCAGAAAAAAAAAACUGACGUUGUUUGUUGUUUCUUCACUACAUAAAAGUUUCGUAGGCAGCUUUCUAGAUUUUGGUGGAAACAGGUUAUCCACUCGCUAUUAGUGCCUUGAAUAUCAUUCCCGGCGGAGUGAAAUCUACUAUUUCUCUGCUUUUCAAGUUGAUUCAACCACAAAGUUAUUAAUAGUAACGAAAUAAUUACGGCAAACUGUUUUUUUUUAGCGCGCAAAGGUAAACUGACGUACAGCCAGCAUUUCGCUGCAUACAGCCUAUAUUAAAAACAUAAAAAGGGAAUAUCAUCGUAUUUAAAAAAAUUACUUACAACGAGUUGAGAAUUAUUUGAUCAAAUUAAACGCUAAUUUAUCCAAGAUGGUCCAGAAUACAUUUUCAUUUAAGAAAAUGCAUACUAUUUUUAGUGGCUUAAAAACUCUUUGCUCGUUAAAAAAAACCAGAUUACCCGCAUAAAUUUAAAAUGGUUCAUCAUCAUACAUAUAACUUGGAGUGAGGUAAGACUUAAUCGGAACAUCAUAAAUAAAGCCCAAGAUCGGUAAUUUUAAAUAAAACACGCUGUCUAAUAUCUUGGAUUAUGAGCCUUAAAUCGAUGUGAUAAAGUCCUGAUUACGAGCGAACGUGAUGAUAAUUUAUCUUUCGGCGACUUGGUUACAUAAUAUUGUUUUAUUUUCUGCAUAAAAAAAACUAAACGAUUGAAAUAAUCGCAUUUAAAUCCGUGGUUUAGGAGAUCGGUCAGACGGACUUUUUUAUAUGUAUACUAUGUAAAGAUAAAGAUUUCAGAAAAAUUAUUGAAUACCGCGUCUCAGUGCAAUACUGUAAAUGCACAUUUAGAUGGGUGACAUGAUUCGAGCCCACCCGUGGGCUUCGACAGAUAAGUGUGGCAAUUACAUGCGUUUGACCUCUUCUGAUAAUAACAAGCAAAGAGAGAACCACAACCUUUUAGUGUCCCUCGACUGGACAAAGACGUGCUCUCCCAAAUGAAUAAGAAGCAAGUUAAACAAGGCAGGAUAUGACAAUUUAAUGAAGUACCUUAUAUCAUUCAUAAAAAGCGAUAAUAUUUGUUCAGUUAGGGUAUAUUUUUGACCUCACUUUUUUGGGCAGACAGAUAAUAUAAAAUAGAAGAUCCUCCUAUACAGGUUAUAAAAAAUAUUUAGGGAAGGCAUUGUUAUCACACAUAAAAUUACAGUGAAUUUAACUGUACAUACCCAUCUAAAUGUGCGUGUGAGAGCUCUAUGUCAAAAACGGACAAAAAACCUGACAAUGCAUUUGCUAUUAUUUUUUAAUUAAUUAAUAUUUGGUAUGCAGUGGUUUUUUUGAUUGAAGUAUACACACAAAACAUCGUUUCAGCAGGAAUAUUAAAAAAAUAAGAUAUAUUUUUUUUUUAACAAACACAAGAGUGAAAACAUUCUAAGCGCGUGAUAUAAUAAUAAUAAAUCACACACACAAAAUAAUCUAAAUGCAAAUACUAAUUUAUAUAUCAAGUUAACUAAUAACAACUAAUAUACACAAAAAAAAUAAAAACUUAUCGUUUGAAGACGUUGCAACGAAAGUUUAUGCGCAAAAGCUUUAUGCUAUAUUGGGCUAAAAGUGUUUUGGUUAGUUACUGUCCUCGAGAAGUCCACAUGGCAAUCACGGAAAAGGGGGAAGUCCCACAACUGCUCAACGCCAGCGCCAUUUUUAAUUUUAGUGGUGCACGAAUUCACGAAGACAAGUCUUUUUUUUUUUUUUAUAUAUUUAUA